GGGUCUCGUACAAUCCCUGUACCGAGGUGAUUCGCUCGACGCAGCAGGUUAAUUGGACCUUGCUCAGCCGCACUGCUGAGCCGGCAGAUAUUAAUAAAGAUCGUGUCACCACCAUCUGAAGAAGAAUUCAUCAUGUCUCCGGUCGGUUCUGAGACGAGGACGAGUGUGGGAAGAUGGCAUCCGAGACCUCAGACCGUCACCAUCUCUUGCGCCCGGUAUCAGAGCCGGACACGGGCUCUCUGGAUCUCGGCCACGACUCGCUCCGCUACCACUCCGUCUCGUCCUUCCAGGAAAUCUUCGACGAUGCGUUCCACCCAACGGCGGACAUUGGCCUGGGUAUCAAAGACCCGUCAAUCACGGCAGACGCUCUUCCUCGGAACCAUCAGCAGCGCCGACCGUCAUCUGAGGAAGAAGAAAACUUACCGCUGAAUCAGUCCGUCCACUGCCCGACAAAACACAACAUCCUCCUGCCACGCUUCUCGUGGAUCCAGAUCGUGAUUGUCGCGUUGGCGGCGUACGCCACGGUCUUCUCGGGGAUUUAUCUGGUCAUCGCAUGCCUCAAACCACACUAUGGAAAACUCAUCGGAAAUGACGGCGGUCUCUCGCCGUCGACGGCCACUCUGCUCAGCGCGUUGUUCGCCAAAACAAUUGAAAUGUCCUACGUGACGGUCGCAGUCGCCUUCCUGGGCCAGGUCUUGAGUCGCCGCGCCAUCACGCAAGGUUCCCGGGGGAUCUCCAUCUCCGACAUGAGCAUGCGCGCGUGGAUCAUGCAACCGGGGUCUAUUCUCGUCCACUGGGAGACGCUCCGGUAUUCCGCCCUGACGAUCCUGGGCAUGAUCACCUUGACUGCAGCGCUUGUGUCAAUGCUCUAUACAACUGCCGCAGAAGCAUUAGUCUCCCCCAAGCUCGUCAUGGGCCCAGUCCAUUCACGUCUGCUCAAAGGCCAGGUAUGGACCAAGUUCGCCAACCCAUACUAUCUGUCCGCACAUUGCGAAACGCCCAUCACGACCGAGAUGGACCCCGAGUAUAGCGGCUCGACUUGCCUCGAGAUUGAGCAUGUCGGGCAGGCCUUCCACAACUAUCAGGAAUAUAUCCAGAGCUGGAGCGAACUGGUCAAGUUAGGAAAUGCCACCUCCGUCUCUUUGGAAACCCGCCUGCCGCCCCAUGGCGCCGUCUUCGAUAACACUACCGUGACAGGGAGCUACAUUGAAAUCAAAAACAUGACGGAGGUCUCCCGUAAGUAUGGGCGAAUGGUCAAUAACGUCACAGCAGCGAUGCCCCACGGUGGGCUUUUCGCUGCAGCCGCCGAUCCGAUCAACGAGAUCCGACAGCCGGAAGACCUGGCGGGCGAGGGCAAAUAUGUCCUCGACGCCUCCAUUCCAUCUCCCGCAGUCAAUGUACUGUGUGUUGGGAUGACUGCCGCCGAGCUCUCCCCGCUGAUCUAUACCGAAUGGCCCUACCACCAGACGUUCAACGGCUCAACGUGGUACUCUGACCCACCAGCGGACAUCCCGGUGUACCCGAACUGGCUCAACCGGACCGUGGUGGACGAUCUGUUCGAAUUCGGGCCCAAGUAUGGCCAGCGCCCUCCGAUCUUUCCUAUAUAUCCCCAGCCGUAUAACACCAUCCUCAACAUCACCGGGAUGUAUGAAGCAGAUGCAAUUUACCUGCUCGGGGCUGCUCCCAAGGGCCACACACCCGAUUAUGUCCUCUGUUCAAUGAAGGCGAAACAAUCUGGCCGAUGUUCGACGCACUAUGUGGUGGCUGCGAGCGGCGCAACGGUCAGUCUGAGAUGUGAAGACCCCUCGGACCCCCUCCAGUAUGACCUCCGGGUCGCCAACGUGGUUGAAGACUACUAUGACCCAGACUGGAAGAAUGUCGCAGCCGACUGGGCAAAUGCAGUCGCCCUCGGGACGGGGGUCACGGACGGCGACGGCAGCAACGAGCGCCUUCUGAUGCAGAUGAUCCCAUCCUUCGACAAUCAGACCAACACCUCGUCGCUUAGCCCUAAGCUCCCGUCAAUCAGCGAGGCUCUCGCCGUCAUGGCCGGCUCGACGCUUAUGCUGAGUACCCAGGAUGCGCCCUUUGUUCCCUACUGGAGCUACAACACGACCUCUCUGGACAAGCCUGUGUACCAGGAGUUUAACGCGACCCUUCAGGCGGUUGUCUAUGCGUCGGGCAACACCCAGCAGUGGCAGGGCAUUUUUUAUCUCGUCCUCGUCUUUGCCUUCCUGACCAGCGUCAUCUGCCUGGUCUUCAUGCUCCUGGAGGUCCGCGGCAGGCAAAUCACCGACUUUACAGAGCCCCAGAACCUGUUCGCACUCGCUAUGAACAGCCCUGCCACUGCCCGACUGCAGGGAGCCUGUGGUGGGGGGCCGUACGGUCGUCAACUUAACGAACGGUGGUUUGUCGGCAUGGAGGAAAACACAGAGCACUACUACAUCCGAUCAAAGAUAGAGGGGAACCUCUCUACCCCUUAUCUUCGGAUGCGGCAGCAGACGCUCACAGAGCAGUUCGACAUGGAUAAUCCCUCUAAAUCGGCAAGCCCUGCUGUGGAUGAGUUUCGCAGAGUCUCCGCUACCAGCACGGUUUUUUCCCGCUUCUACUGAACGGAUCUCGACGCAAGACAACCCAAGUCACAGUUUAGUGUAUAUAAUGCCGCCUGGGUUUCCCGGGUCCCCUAACGAGUAUUAAUAUCAUGAUUAGCAAUGAUGGCUCGGAUAAUAAAGAGCCUUUUCUUCAAACUGUGUCAAUACACUUUCCGUACGAGCCUUGCUUCUUUGUAUCCGGCCAGUCGUUUCAUAGUGGGGGGUGUUGGAGAAAGGAAAACAGGGGAAAGAGAGAAAGAGAGAAUAAGAGGCU